UCUGGGUUAGCUCUGUUUAUAUGAAUGAAUGAAUGAAGAUGAAGAUAGCCAUUGGACAGACCAGACCACUGAUCUCUUCUUAGAUUGCUUUUCUUACAAUUAGAUUGUAACUUGAUUCAAUUCCUUGCAUUACUAAAAAUGAAGAAUCUAUCCCCUCUUUUGCUCUUCUUCUCGUUUCUUUUACUCCAUCACUCUCAAGCAGCUUUUCUCGCUGAUCCAGCACAACCACUUAAUCCGGCCGACUACCCAAGUCCAAAUACAGUCCCAGCUUUCCCUGCCCAACAACAAACCCAAACUUGUAAUCUUGAUCUUUCCGCAGAACUCUUCGGCGGCGUCAAGGAAGCAUGUGGAGGAACCCUUGAUCGGAGUCGUUGCUGUCCUGUUUUAGCCGCCUGGCUAUUUGCAGCUCAUGCUCGCACCGCCCUUGAGAUAACUCCAGCUCCAUCUCCUUCUCCGGCAAUGAAUGAUCUCCCAAUGAUACCAGAUGAUUCACAAAAAUGCGUUGAUUCUCUUCAAAGCUCGUUACAAAGUCGGAAUAUUGAAAUGACUAGACCGAAUGCAACUUGUGAUACAACACUAUGUUUUUGCCGGAUUCGUCUUCAUCAGAUCACUUCUCUUAGUUGUCCGGCGGCGUUUAAUAUUAGCAAUGGACGGAAUGCAACACCUACCGCCGCUGUGAGGGACUUGGAGAAAAGUUGUCGGAAUUCGUCUUAUAUUGGUUGUACCAAAUGCCUCGGUGCUCUUGAAAAGCUGACGGAAGAUCAGGUGAGAAAUGGGACUGGAAAUCGAACGAGUGAGAUGUUAAGGAGGGAUUGCAGGCUAAUGGGGUUGACAUGGUUGUUAGCAAGGAACAAGACAGAGUACAUACCGACAGUAUCGGCAGUUUUACGGGCGAUCAUGUACGGGGGACAUCCGUCCUAUGAUGAUUCAAAGUGUAGCCCUGAUCGGGAAAACAUGCCUCUCGCCGUCGACUCACUUCAAUUCGAGACGAUCAAGUCAUCUUCGUCUGUUCUAUGGCCGCCGGCGGCGGCGGUGAUAUCAUUACACUGGAUUAUCAUUGUAUAUUGCUACUUACUCUUUCUUCUAUAGACUAUGUCGGAAACCUUAAUCGCCGCCGGCAAUAUCUUGGUGGUGGUUUUUAUUUUAUUUUUACUUUUACUAGGUUUUUUUUUGUGGGUUUGGUAAAAAAAAUGAGAUCAGCUUCAAUUUACUAUACAAACUAAACCCAGAGUUUUAAUUAUAUUUUAUUAUAUUGAUGUUUUCAUAUAAACAAAUUUAAUGAGGAAUAAAAUAAUAUUGAGGGGCUGGAUCCAAGAGAGUAAAUUGGAGGAAUCAGCCAUUCCCAUGUGUUAAGUGGGGGUGGGAGAUUCUCGGUUGAAUGUCUGUCUGUCUUUCCACUAGUUCUCAACACCCUUUUCAUAUACAUAUGGGUUUAUUUGAAAAUAUACAAUUUCUAGCUGUCUAUGGGAAAAAAAAAAAUCUAUUAUUAGGUGAUCAA